AUGUGGUCGUUCCUAUUUCUAAUAUCAAUUUUCCAUUCAAAUCAAGCAUUUUCAAUUUGCUCGAAUAAUGUGAGCAUUUGGGAGAGAAACGAGCCAAAACCGCACAUUUUUCUCCUCCGCGACUAUUUUUCGAAUCGAGCGGCGAAUUCGUUGCGAGAAAUUCGAUGCUUAUUGGAAUACAAUUAUAUAAUCGAUGAUAAAGCGAACAUCAAACGAAGGAACGAAGAGGAAUUAUGUUUUGCAAUAAGCCAUGUCCCGUUACGAAUUGGUCAAACUCUUGUAGUCCUCGUGGACGGCGAAUUCGCGGACGAUUGCAAAUCCCCAGUGUACGGCCCAAUUCCCAAUAUAUUAAAGUUCAAAGUUUUCACGGAGCGAUUGAAUUCGACAACGAAUGCAUCGAAAAUCAAUGUAAUUAGUAGCUACAAAAAUGCUGGCGGUGAUAUAAGAGUCGAGUUCGAUUUGUACAAAAUGAAGAAUAUUGAGCGAAUUCGCGAGACCCUUCGAUUUUAUCAGCGGCUUUCCACUAUCACCCCGCAAUAUGAGAGUUUACUGCCUAGCUGGAAGCCCGAUAUCCGUCUUCCGCCGGAUUAUUUCUCUCAUAUCACCAGAAGGCCGACAAUCAAGGACAAUGCCAGCUAUAUGCUCAUCCUUUCGUGCCUUCCGAUUGUCGUUUUUGGGACCAUCACUUCUUGCUACUUGGUGCUAACCCCUCGCGGUGGAUUAACAUUUGUUGAUGAGGAUAUCGACUAUUCUAUUGAUAUUUCGUCGUUCACUGAAGAGGAUAUUCGGACGGCGAUGGAGAAAAGUCGAAAGACGUCGAAUGAGAUUUUGUGUGGAUGCAAUGAAUCGUCGAAAAAGAGUAAUUCGAUCAAAACUGAUAUUACUAUGGAAUCGACGAUUCAAAAUGAUGAUGAAGCGCUUAGACUUCCAAGUCUUUUGAGACAGUUGCCCGAUUGGCUGAUUGGCAACUUCGCGACACUUCUGGAUUGGAUCGAGAAUGGAUCGGAUCGUAAUAAUAAUGAGCUCAAAAAGCCGCACGAAGACGAUGAGAUGUGUAUUGAAAAACAAUUUUUAACGCCAAAUUUCAUUAAAAAUUGUGGAUCGAAGAAUCCUCUAGACGUCUCAACGAUGCUUCUGAAUCUCGGCGUGCAAGCAAUCAUCCAGGACGAUAUUUCGAGACCAUUUUCCACGAAAUGUUCGAAGCUCAAUCUUCUGAAAAUGCCCGAAGAUCGAAAAUUGAAAGUCUUAUAUGGAAUCGGGUUGAUUUUCAGAUUGACAUUUUUGUUUCCAUUGAGAAUUUGCUUAUUGGCGACUAGUUUGAUCUACUUGCCAAUUACCGGCCUCAUUUGUGUGAUGUUCAACGCCGAGCAGAAAUAUUAUCGAUAUUGCGGUAUAACGUUUGCCAAAAUUUUCAACGCCGCAACGGGAUUGAUUGUCAACUCGCAUGAUGGUCAAAAUCGUCCAAAAAUGCCAGGUCUCGCUGUGGCGAAUCACCUCAGCGCCAACGAUGUCAUGACAAUCUACUCGGACUGUAGUUUCGAUUCGUGCGGCUACACAAUAACCGCACAAUCGCACGGCGGCAUCGUACACUUUCUCGAGAAAUAUGGCGAACUGUUGACACCAAUUCUAUUGGUGAAUGGCUCGUGUCACACCAAUCGCAACGCGUUGCGCGAAGCGAUUGUCAAGCACACGCGCGAGGCGACGAAAAAAUCGUAUCCGAUUCUGUUGUUUCCCGAAGGAUAUUGUUCGAACAAUAAGAGUGUUUUGCAAUUUCGAAAAGCGACAUUCGACGGCCACGUCGUCAUUUAUCCGAUGGCAUUAUUGCAAAAUGAGAGAUUUGGCGACUCAUUCUGGUCCGAGCGCACAUAUCUGCCAUAUUUGGUUCGGAUAAUGACGUCGUGGUGCCUGAAAAUUGAUAUUUUCUAUUUGCCGCCAAUGUCGAAACUCGAAACAGAAAACGACGAGCAAUUCUCGCGGCGAGUUCAAUUGGCGAUAAGCGAGAAAAUCGGGCGCAUCGCGUUGCCGUAUGACGGCAAAAUGCGAAGCCGAAAAGAGCAAAUCAAAUAUCGAUCGAGAAUCGAGCAAAGCAUUCGCGAGCUUCUAGCCGAAUAA